CUCCAACCCAGCAUCCGUGUUCUUCAUCCUAUGAUAUGAUGAAAUGGUUGAUUCGACGGGUUCAGAAGAUCUUAAAAUAGAUCUAGAUCUAGAUAUCGUCUCCCAACAGCAACAGGAACUGAAUUUCGAACAAACAACUCAGCUCUCUGAAACUGCCAAAGGUCAUGGCAGCCCGAUCGAGGAAUUGGCUGGUAUUUCGCUACCACCACUGACAUAUCCACAGUCAUCCUACCACGGUCAUCAAUCGACUCAACCGAAGUCUACUGAAAGUCAAGCAGUAGAGACGUUGAUCAAUGAGUCAGGAAUCGAUAAGCAGACUUAUGAGGAGAGCGAAUUUAUUAGUCUUCAAUUGGAUGACUUCGUGAUCUACGCGUCGCCCGAGGACUCGCCGGCCCCCUAUGGCAUGGUUUCACUCGAUCAGGUGGCUGGAAGGUUUGGAAAGCAGACUGUCAAAUUUUUCUUUGAUGGGGUGCUGAAAGUGCCGGGGAGCCAGGGACUGUACCUGGAAAAAGUGCCAUUCCGCUUUGUGUCAAUUGGAGGAUAUGGAGACAUCGAGCAGCAUCAUGUCGGGAAAGAUAUGUGGAUCCAGUCGAUUUACGGCGCAUCUACAUCGCUCGGAGACCUAUGGUAUCAAUUGGGCACGCCCGCCGUAGAAUAUAAAGACUACCAUCAAUCAUUUUGCUGGCUUGCUAAUCUUGCAAAGUUUUUCAUUGACUACCUCCAACAUCAUGAGAAUGUCACGUUACGCCACUUUAAAAACGACUUUUCCUCCUGGCUUAAGGACCUGCACGGGCCGGAUCCGUCUUUUGUACAAUGGAUGGCUGAAUACAAAAGUCUCGACUUUAGACACGCUAUCAAUUCCUACUCCAAUUUUCUCGAGAAGCAAGCAUGGGAUUUGGACCCUACUUACUGCUCUCAUCCACUUUGGGCUGAGCUUGGUGUUACUCAGGACGACCAUGUUCUCCAAAUGCAACCGCAAAAAGCAAAGCGGACUGUUGUCACGCCAUACGUAUAUAAAUGUUUCAAAAACAUGGUGUGGGCAAAUUGCCUUACUUCCGUGGAGCUUGAUCCUCAGGUAUCAGCAAAUCACAAGUCACGGCUGCAAGAGCUUGGCUUUCUACGGAAAGGAAACGAAGUGAAGAAGAUGGCCUCGGAAUGUGCUGUUGGUCUCGAUGGGGCUGUAGCGGUUCGUCCAAAGGAUGUCAUUGCCAUCCGAAGGGAUCAUCAGACGCGUUGGAAGGGCACGGAAGACUUGUGGUAUGCUGUGGUUCAGGAUGUGCAUCCCCGUGAGAAGCGCUCACCGAGAUUAAGUCUAAUUUGGCUGUAUCGGCCUUCCGAGACUGUGUGCGCAGAUAUGACGUACCCUCAUGCAAAUGAACUCUUUUUGUCCGAUCAUUGCAACUGUCACGAUAGUGUCAUUGAUACUUCUGAGAUUGUUGAAAAGGUCAAUGUGACUUUUUAUUCCUGUCAAGCGGAGGAAGGGGCAAAGUUUUUCAUUCGACAGACAUAUUUCUCGGAGGAUGAAUCUUUCACUUCUCUAAAAGAAGAGCAUUUCAAUUGCCAAUGUCGAAAACCCACAUCAAAACCGGAGUUCUCAAUUGGCGAUACCGUCCUUGUUGAAAGCUCGAAUAAAUCAAACUCCGAUCAAGUAUAUCUCGAGCCAGUGGAAAUUUUGGAAUUCUGCGAAUCUGGAUUAGUGAAUGUGCGAGUACUUCCCCGCCGUGGACGAGAUUACAACGAUACUAGUUGUCGCCCGAAUGAGCUUGUCUAUACCAAUCGGACUCGAAGUAUUGAUGUAGAUCAGAUUGAAAGACUGUGCCAGGUCAGGUUCUAUACUGAGGAGCAAAAACGGGAUGGUUCUAUUCCAGUGCCGUAUAGCCGAGACGGAACUGGCGAUGCCUUUUAUAUCACUGCGCAGGAGAUCAACUCUGAAAACGGACCUGAGCUUGUUUCUUUACAACAUCCACCAGUGGGAUUCAAAGAAGGUCCUAAUUAUUCUGAGGACACCGGUUUUCGCAAACUUCGGGCACUCAACAUAUUUAGUGGCGGAGGGAGUUUUGAUAGGGGCCUCCAAGAAGGGGGUGCAAUUGAAAAUAAAUGGGCGGUGGAAUGGAGCCAUGUUCCCAUGCUUACAUAUCGGGCGAAUCAUGAUAAUCCGGAAAAGAUACACUUAUUCCUCGGCUCUGUCAAUGAUUUCCUCCUCCAAGCCUUGCAGGGAGAAGCCAAAGCUAGUAAUUUGGUUGCCAAGCUAGGCGAUGUGGGGUUUAUUUCAGCCGGGAGUCCCUGUCAGGGGUACUCUAGUGUGAAUGGCCGCAAAGAAAGCGCAGUAUCCAUGCAAAACUCAUCCAUGAUAGCAUCUGUGGCUUCAUACGUCGAUUUCUACCGACCGCAGUACGCAAUCUUGGAGAAUGUGAUAGCUAUGUCAAAUCGGACACAUGAGAGAAGCCCAUUAUGUCAACUGUUAUGCACAUUUGUUGGUAUGGGCUACCAAGUUAGAAUUCUUAAUUUGGACGCUUGGAGCUUUGGAGCUCCGCAGAGCCGGUCCAGACUUUUCAUAGUCAUUGCUGCACCUGGACUACAACUACCUGCACAUCCUCCUCUCACUCAUUCUCAUCCGCCGAAGACAACGCAAAAGUCCUUAGGUGAAGCUCCCAAUGGCCUCCCUUUUGGAAAGAGACAUUGGGAAGUCCCUGUUUUUGACUUCUUGCCAAUUUCCGAAUCCGUAAAGGAUCUCCCAAAAAUCGGGAGGGCAAGAAUAACUCCCAUUAGCCACCCUGACCAUCGGCCUGUACGGUUUGAGUCUAUUUCCAAUCAACAUUUAAUCAACAGUAUACCGAAGGCUCCAAGGCUUCAAGGAUUACGUGACGCGGUAGCUAGGGGAUUCUUUUCCCCGGAAGAAGACAAUGCGCGCCAACGCAACUGCCAAAGAGCAUGGAGUCGGGUGCAUCCGCAUUUGUUAAUGCCAACUGUUACCACAUUCCCAUCCCCAUUUUGCAAGUUCACAGGGAGAUGGCUUCACUGGGAAGAGGAUAGAGUGAUGAGUGUGAUGGAAGCUCGAAGAGCCCAAGGCUUCCCAGACAAUGAGGUUUUGGUAGGCUCACCAGCUCAGCAAUGGAAAGUUGUAGGUAAUAGCGUCGCCAGACAAGUUGCUUUGGCUUUAGGCUUGGUUGUGAGAAACGCAGUUCUUGAGAACAUUCGCAAAACAGCGCCCAGGAAUGAUAUCCAAGUGUCUCAUAACAUUCAGGUUGUUCUAGAAAAGCUCAAGGAGGAAUAUAGCAAGCCCAUCAGCGAUCCGGCCGCGGAAUCCGUCGAAAAUCCUGAAGAAGAAACCUCGGGUCCCAAAACGGAAGCGGCACUGCAAACGAUUCCGCUGUGGGAAUUUCCCAUUUUACAAUCGAAAACUCCUAAUGAAAAUGAUUUUGAUAACAGCACUGCAACACCAACACCAACCCCAACCCCAACCCCAAUCCCACUUGACUGUGCCUCUGAUAUUCAGCGAAACAAGAGUACUGCCACUUCAACCCUAACAGCCUGGAGUUCUCGAUCGGAAUCAGUAACAGCAAACCCUGGCAACACCGCAACUCCUUGUGGCUUAUCAGAUAGGAAUGAUUUGUAUUUAAAUUUGGACAACCCCAAAAGGGCAGCAGACCUUUCCUCUGAUAUACUUGAGUCAGGACCUAUACUUGUCCCUAUCAAGAAGCGGAGAUUUAGUGACGAAACUCGAGAUGAAAGGAAUGGUUUCUCCCUGGGCUGA